AUGGCGUAUCCGGAGAAUGUCGGCAUUAAGGCUAUGGAAAUCUACGUUCCGGCACAGUGCCUGGACCAAUCUCUCUUUGAGAAACACCAAGGAGUUUCCCCCGGCAAGUACACCAUUGGACUGGGCCUUCGGUACAUGAACUAUUGCACCGAUAGAGAAGAUGUCUGCUCUCUGGCCUUGACAGCUGUCUCUUCACUGCUCCGCAAGUUCAACAUCGAUCCCAACUCUAUUGGACGUCUGGAGGUGGGCACCGAGUCACUUAUCGACAAAGCCAAGUCUGUCAAAUCAGUUCUCACGACCCUGUUUGAGCCAUUCGGCAACACAAGUCUAGAAGGUGUUGACACAGUCCAUGCUUGCUAUGGCGGUACCAACGCUUUGUUCAAUGCUGUCAAUUGGGUAGAGUCUCGUUCAUGGGACGGCAGAGAUGCUAUUGUCGUUACAUCGGACAUAGCUCUCUACAAAGAGGCUUCCUCGCGCCCAACAGGUGGUGCUGGUUGCAUCGCCAUGCUUGUCGGCCCGAACGCGCUGCUUUCCCUAGAACCAAGCUUGCGAGGUGUCUACAUGACCCACACAUACGACUUUUACAAACCUGACCCUAAAGUCGAGUUCCCCAUCGUCAAUGGCCAUGAAUCCAUCUCCUGCUACCUCAGCGCCCUGGAUGAAUGCCACAAGGACCUACUCCGUCGUGUUGAGGCCGCCAAGAGCACGCCCAGUCUUGAUGGACCAAUGAGUGCGUCGAAGAAUGUCCUUGACCUUUUUGACUACAUGGCGUUUCAUACCCCAAACUGCAAACUGGUCAGCAAGUCGUACGGCCGACUCAAGUACAAUGAUUGUCUGAAGUCUACCGACGGCUCUGAUUGGGAAGGGAUCCCUGACGAGCUCCGCAAGCUAGGCUAUGAAGAGUCCUUGAAAGACAAAGCACUGGAGAAAGCUCUCGUGGCCCUAACCAAGGCUCAGUUCAAGAAGCGGGUCGAGCCAUGUAUCACCGCACCAGCCUUAUGUGGAAACAUGUACACCAGCAGUCUCUACUGUUCCCUCAUCAGCUUAAUCAGCAAUAUUGAUCUUACAGCUGGAGAAGGAAAAACAAUCGGCAUGUUUAGCUACGGAAGCGGCGCUGCUAGUACCCUCUUCACCCUGAAGGUUACUGGUGAUCUCACAAAGAUGGUUGAGAAAGUCGAUUUGAUGAAUCGGCUGAAGCAGCGACACAUCUCGACUCCUGAGGAGUAUGAAGAGGCCUGCGUUCUUCGAAUGAAAGCCUACGGAAGGAAGAGUUACAAUCCUGUUGGUGAUGUAGCCUCCCUGGCACCUGGGACAUACUACUUGGAGAACAUCGAUGACAUGUACCGGAGGACCUAUGCCAUUAAA